AUGGCAGAGCAAAAUGAUGCGCAAGAUAACAUGACGUCUGUGAACUCAGCUAAAGGGACGGAAAUUUCCACUAGAAAUGGUUCUACAGCUACGGAUAAAGAAGAGCCAGUGACCGAGAGCAGCGAGUCCAACACCGAAGUUGUAUUCGAACUUACAAUUCACUUACCCAAUGAGUCUAAAUCUGUAUCAGUAACAGUAUCCAACCAAGAAGCUGUACACGAUAUCCGGCAGUCUAUUGUCGAGCACCCUGGCACAUUUCAGUAUUCUUGCUUCCAUUUGGAGCACAAGGGAACAAAAUUAAAUGAUUUAACUCAGAUUUCCGAGGUAGACGGACUGGUCAACACCCCUGAAUUAACUCUUGUUCAAGACCCGUACACCGAAAAAGAAGCCAGAUUACAUUUUCUACGAGUUCGAGAACUUAUCGGUGCAGCAGGAAACAGAAUAGAUACGUUGCACGGAAUAAUGUCAGGUCUCUCCUUGUACGAGUCGAUUUCUCGUGAGAAAGUAGAAGUAAAUACAGAGCCCUCAGGAACGCAAUAUCUUUCAGACUACGAUUUCAAGGCACCUGGAUCAAUAAUGACACUGCUUCCUCACGAGCAAGAAUCUGCUCCAAAAACUGUUAAAAAUAUUUCGCUAUCUCCAUGGCACCCUCCACCUUAUCACCUUCGACAAAAAGGACAUUUAUUAUAUCUCUUGCUGACGACAAAUGAGGGAGAGCAGUAUCAAAUCACCUCACAUGUAUCUGGAUUUUAUGUCAACAAAUCUAGCAACAUUAAAUUCGACCCUUUUCCCCGCGGUGCACCCAAAGCUCACGCAGCUCACUCUUUACUUACACUGAUAACAGAGAUUUCCCCAUCUUUUUCUAGCUCAUUUGAGAAGCUUCUAAAACAAAACAACAUGAAAGAGCCUCUCGUAACAUUUCAAAUUAGCAAUGUAACUCCAGCAAACCCUUGGGUCGUUCCAAACUCUACUUCUUCUGCAACAAUUCAUCAAGCUGAUAUAACAAGAUCUCAAGAAAGUUACUUGAUUUCUGGAAUGGAAAACACAGAAACAUUGCGGGACUGGAACGAAGAGUUUCAAUCAACAAAGGAGUUACCUAAAGAAAAUGUACAGGAUAGAGUCUUCCGCGAGCGCCUAACUUCCAAGAUAUUUGCCGACUUUACUGAGGCCGCUGCAAGAGGCGCAGUACUCAUUGCCAGAGGCGAGAUAACGCCGCUCAACCCCACAGAAAACGAAGAAGCGCAGAUAUUUGUAUACAACAACGUAUUUUUCUCGUUUGGAGCCGACGGGGUUGGAACGUUUUCCAUGGAGGGCGGAGAUGAGGCCGCAAGGGUUGCCACAGGAAAAGAUGUUCUAGGCGUACGGUUAGUAAAUCAGCUUGAUAUCGACGACCUAUUCACAGCCGGAACUGUUCUCGUCGACUACUUUGGAAAGCGUAUUGUAGCUCAAAGCAUUGUUCCUGGAAUCUUCAAGCAACGAGAUCCUGAAGAGAAUCAGAUUGACUACGGAGCAGUUGAUGGUAGAGAUGUAGUGGCUGCCGACGAGAGAUUUGUACCGGUCUUUGAGAAACUCUCUGAAGCCUUAAAGGUUAAGAAACACAGCGUAUGGGACAAGUCUGGAAAAAAAUUUGAGCUACAAGGAAGCGUUGAGACUAAAGGCUUACUUGGAACCGAUGGGCGCAAAUAUAUACUUGAUUUGUAUCGUAUAACUCCUUACGAUAUUUUAUGGAUGGAGGAAUACGGCACCACAGCUUUCAACCCAGAACAAUUUAGCAGUACCAAUAGGAGAUCUUACCCCCAUAGAAUGACAGUAUUGCGACCUGAGCUUAUCGAUGCAUUUUGGAAAUAUAGGAUGCGAGAAUGGUUUAAUGGAGAACUUGCGAAGCGUCGAAAUGUUGAAACUAGUAUAUCUGAACAAAAAGAUAGCAUAUCUUCAAGGGGAAUUGAAGAUAAGUCAAAGGCAGAAGAUUCUUGUCAGUCAACUCACUCCAAUAUCACCAAAGAAUCUCCUAACGUUGAUGAUUCUGACACAAUCGAUAUAACUAAUUUCAGUCUCUCGCUUAAUCCGGAUGUCUUUAGUAGUCAACAGCCUCAAACAGAUGAAGAAAAAGAAUCCUGGAAAAAGGAUGAAGCAGACGUUAGAUCUGCCUGUGACUAUCUCAGAACCUUCAUUAUUCCAGAGCUUAUAAACGAUCUAAAGGAAGGUGACGUAGGAUUUCCAAUGGACGGGCAAUCUUUAAGUCGGCUUCUUCACAAGCGAGGUGUCAACAUACGAUAUCUCGGGAAAAUAGCCACGCUUUCCGUAGGACAAAAACUAGAGUCCCUUCGCAUUCUUUCUAUUCAGGAGAUGAUAUUCAGAGCAUUUAAGCACGUAUCAAAUAGAUUCCUAAAAAAGCUACCGAACCCUUUAAUAGCUUCCUGCCUGGUGCAUUUACUAAAUUGUCUUCUGGGUACUGGUCUCAAUUCAAAGCCAUCAGCUCGUGUCGAGGAAAAUCUAGCUACCUUAUUCGAUAAAGUAGAUAUGGAAUUUAGAAGCGUGACUCCGCAAACUCUACAGGAGGAAAUCGAAAUCCAAAUUUCGAGACGUUUCCAGUACAGCAUUGAAAAAAACUGGGUUAUAAAUAUAAAGCAUGUUCAAAUGCUGAGGGAAAUUUCACUACGGCUGGGACUUCAACUUGAAGCUAAAAAUUAUAUUUUUAACAGAGAUUCUAUUAAAAAUCCAAGUCAAACUAACGGAGAGCAAGGCAUUGUUUCUAAUGAAUCCUCUAACACAAGCAAAAAAUAUAAAAAGCCUAACAGCCGACCAAGCCCACCAUCAACAGUAGAGCCGCAUUCAUUCUCUCCCGAUGAUAUUAUUAACAUUGUCCCAAUUGUAAAAGAGGCUUCUCCUCGAUCAUCCCUCGCUCAGGAAGCCCUGGAAGCCGGUCGUAUUUCUCUUGUUCAAAAUCAAACGAAGCUUGGCCAAGAAUUGCUUCUAGAGACUCUUUCUCUUCAUGAGCAGAUCUAUGGGAUUGUUCAUCCUGAGGUUGCCCGAGUUUACAAUACUCUUUCUCUUCUCUACUAUCAGCUUGAAGAAAAAGAAGCAGCUGUCGAAUUAGCACGCAAGGCCGUAGUAGUUUCUGAACGUACCCUAGGAGUCGAUAAUGCCGAGACGUUACUAUCGUAUCUUAACCUUGGUCUAUUUUCUCAUGCUGCUGGUGAAACGGUGCAGGCCUUAACAUACAUAACCCAUGCUCUUCACCUUUGGCGCAUCAUUUACGGCCCUUCACACCCUGACUCAAUCACAACACUUAACAACGCUGCAGUCAUGCUUCAGCACCUGAAAUGUUAUCAUUCUUCUCGUCUUUGGUUCGAAGCAUCUCUUGAAAUUUGCUCUUCAAUUUACGGACCCAACUCGAUUAAUGCUGCUACAUUGCUGUUCCAAUUGGCACAAGCUUUAGCAUUAGAUAGUGACUCUAAACAGGCAGUAAAGCGUAUGAAAGAGUCGUACAACAUAUUUCUCGCUGCCUUAGGUCCGGAAGACAAGAAUACCAAAGAAGCAGAAAGCUGGCUUGACUCACUGACGCAAAAUGCAGUUAACAUUGCCAAGCAUGCACUAGCAAAAGACAUGCAAGCACGUAGGCUAAGAGCUGAGGUCCAAGUUGGCGUUGGGCAAGCCACACCAGGACGCGAGAAAGUUUCAAAACAGAUGGAUCAACGUAGCAUUGAUGAACUACUUAAAUUCAUCGAGGGAAGUGAUUCAAAGUCUCCUAAAAAAAGAGGAUCCACUGCGGGGAGAAAUAAUCCAAAAAGAAGGGGAGGUCCAUCUAUCGCAUGA